CAACGGCUCAAUCGGCCACACGGAGGCAUAAUUGAAUGCCGCGCAUCCUCCGUAUAGUAAAACCAUAAAAAAGUGGGCCCAGCGGUGCGGUUGCUGAGCCAUAUCAGUUCCUGUGCAAGCAGUGCUUCAGUUCUGGAGGGGAGUGGAGUGGGGACUGUCUGGUCGCCGUUUUGAGCUUUCUUUCUCGCGUUUUAUGCUCUUUCUUUCUCUCUCUCUCUCUAUCCAAUCUAUGUUAAUUUCUAGUGACCUUUCGCUUAUCAUCCGAUAGAAAUUCCGAUCCUCUGGUUUCCAAUUCAUCAAUCUCAUAACUCUCUCACUUUCUCUCACUCUCUCUGGCAUUGUGUGAAUAAGCUUUUUCGAUCGUAAACUGAGAGUGGCUUUUGCACUUGAGGCGCACUGAGACAGCAGCUCAAGCGUCGACUGAGUCAGAGAUCGUUAUAGUUCUCUGGCAGAUCUGGAUUCUGGAGGAGCUCGAACCCUUCGCGUUCUUGCGUAAAUUUUGGAAAUGCUUGAAGCCUAAGCCCAGAAACGUCAGAUAGAGCGCGUGCUUCUUGACGGUGUUUGCAGCAGCGAAGGACGGACGGCGAGACAGCUCCAUUUCAGCGCAAGCAGAGACAGGCAGACAAAUAAAGAGCCCUAAUUUCUCAUUUUGUCCGCUCAAGACCAUGAUUUGAGGUUUUGAGAUUUGUUUGAAAAGUGAACCCCUUGAUCCUAAUGAAGGUUUAUACGCUUCUUUCUUCUUUUUGUGCCAUCAUUUCUAGAAGCAAGUUCUGUGAUCUCUAUAAGACUACCAAUGUGUUGGCUGUGAAAUUAAUGAAGCUGCAAUUGAUAGCUGCACUUGCUUCUAGCUUGAUUUGGAUAGAGCAUAUUUCACUGAUCAGUUUUGUUGGGACUGGAAUUAAUGAAGCUACAACUUAAAGUUGCCCUCACUUGCCUUAUUUGGUUGAUCUGGUCUCAGAAAAUUCUUUGUGAUGAGCUUUCUAAUAAUUCUGGAUUAAACAAAUGGACAUGUAUAUGUACUGCAUAUCAAGGAAAUCAGAGUUAUGCUCUUGCAAAUAACUGCUCUACAUCCUGCGAUUGUAAUCCUGCUGCAGGAGAGCCAAGCGGAGGUAGAUGGACAUGCACUUGUGCUGCUGAUGGACUUCCUAAAGUAGUGGCUAAUGGUCAUGAUCCAAGCUGUUUUAGAGCCUGCAACUGCACUUUUGGAUCCCUCAGUGAGGCUUCUGCCUCAAAGAAGCAUAUUUCUGGAAAAGUUAUUGUGAUCAUCCUCUUACUAUGUGUCAUACUCACUACAUCUGCGUUUAUUGCUUCGGUGGCAUGCUAUGUCUGUCGAAGAGACAAGCGCCCUACUCAACCACCAGUAUUUUCAUCAGAUAAAGAAACAAGUUACAAUAGUGCUGCCAACUUAAUAAGCCAGAAGACUACUUCAGUGCCAGAAUCCAAAAUUAAUAUAGACUCCUCCAUUAAUCAUAUCUCAGGGUGCUUCCACAAGGCUUCUUUCUUAUUUAGGAAAAACACACGAACCAUAGGCGAAACAGUAAUCACUUUUUCACUCUCAGAAUUGGAAAAUGCAACCAAUAGGUUCUCAAAUCUUAAUCUAAUAGGACUUGGGGGAAGCAGUUAUGUUUAUCGUGGUCAGCUCAAAGAUGGUAGAACUGUGGCUGUUAAGCGAUUAAAAGCCAAGGAAGGGUCAGAAGCAGACUCUGUUUUCUUAAGAGAAAUUGAACUGUUAUCAAGACUUCAUCAUUGUCACGUGGUGCCUUUGCUUGGCUACUGCUCCGAAUCCCAAGGAAAACAUGCUGAGAGGUUGUUGGUGUUUGAGUACAUGUCCAAUGGUAAUCUGAGAGAUUAUUUAGAUGGGGUUUCUGGGAAAUACAUGGACUGGGGUACUCGUGUUGCAGUUGCACUUGGAGCUGCAAGGGGCUUGGAAUAUCUCCAUGAAGCGGCUGCACCAAGAAUUUUGCAUAGAGAUGUUAAAUCCACGAACAUUCUUCUGGAUGAGAAUUGGCAAGCUAAAAUAACUGAUCUUGGCAUGGCCAAGUGCAUAAGAACUGACGGUAUUCCCAGCUGUUCCAGUUCACCAGCUAGAAUGCAAGGAACUUUUGGUUAUUUUGCACCAGAGUAUGCAAUAGUUGGGAGGGCUUCUCUUAAGUCGGAUGUUUUUAGUUUCGGGGUAGUUCUCCUUGAGCUGAUCAGUGGUCGGAAACCCAUACAUAAAUCAUCUGAUAAAGGACAAGAAAGUCUUGUUAUAUGGGCUACUCCUCGUUUGCUGGAUAGUAGGCGAGUGAUUGCAGAUUUGCCUGACCCACAUUUGAAAGGGGCUUUUCCAGAAGAAGAGAUGCAGAUAAUGGCUUACUUGGCAAAGGAGUGCCUUUUGCUGGAUCCUGAUUCUCGCCCAACAAUGAGUGAGGUUGUUCAAAUUCUUUCGACCAUUGCUCCAGAAAAUUUUGGGAGGAGGAACUUUCCAGUAAAAUUUAUUCAGCAUUCAUUUACUUGCGCCAUGAAAAGUGGAAUAGGAAUGGAAAGGCUUGCAAAACAAGUUGAAGGUCUUGUUGAUGCAGAGGAGCUCAGGCCACCCAUCGCAAAUGGAUGGUCUCCUCGAUCUUCAUUGCCAUUACACAUAGACCGUACGCUUGGUCUUGGAAACAACGGGAAAGAAGCACAUACUGUUUCAACCCAGUAUAUGGAGGGAUUGAUGCUCAUGGCAUCAAAAUUUGGAAGUUGGCGUGCCCAAGAUGACGAAAGAGUGGACUUAACAGAGCCCUGGUUUGAAUCAUUCCAUAUGGCUAAUUUUAAGCCCUCCUGAUAUAAUUAUAAUUUGAUCUUCAUCUCUGAUCUGUGCUGUCAUAAAAUGGACCCAAAACAUGGGUCAGGAAGCAGGUAUUAUGGUUGCUCUAGCUUAUUUUGGCGAACUUAGUGGGGAAGCAUGUAUAUAUUCCAGCAGUGCUUGUUUUUUGACAUAAAUCUAUUUUAAAAGUAGAAACAACAGGUUGAAAUUUUACACCACAGGUUAUUUUGUUUAAUUCAUAUGUUUGUUUGCUGACGUAAUUUUUUGUUAGUGUAAAUGGAAAAUUAUAGAAAGUUCAAGUUUGUAUUGUAGUUUGUGGAUGAAAAUCUGCUUCAGGCAGGCUUAACAUUGAAAGCAUAAUACCAAAAAAGAAAAGAAAAGGUUGGAUAUUUGAUCAA